AUGAUUAAAGACGAGGAGAUCGAAGCCGAAAUCGAAGAGACGUCGGAGUUUACGGACACGACUGAUAAAUCUGACUUUAAUAGCUUCGAGGAAGCGAAAAUAUCAAAGGAAAACGAAGGCAAAAAUGUCGAGAACGCAAAUCAACCUGAAAUUGAAAGUUCACCGCCUCUAGAAGAGGGAAAUCACAACACAUCGAGCAGUUCAAUCGGUAGCAAGGUAAGAGCUAGACUUCCUAAGCUACAAUUGUCUACAUUCAAUGGAAAUUUCACUGAAUGGCAAUCCUUUUGGGACAAUUUUGAGUCGGUUAGUGACUCGAAUGAAGAUUUGAGUGAAAUCGACAAGUUUUCGUAUUUGAGAGCGUCGUUAAGUGGGUCAGCGGCAUCCGCCAUUAAGGGGUUCCCCUGA